UGAGUGUAAAGACUUCUUUAUGAACACAUCGCAGAUAAUCUGUCUGUAAGUUAACUGAAUCCGUGUAUUUGUUUACCUCAAACAUAUUUGUCUUUGUUUAUUUUUCAGUUUGCUGGUUUUAUUUCGGUAAUUCAGUGAUGAUGAUGUGCAGUACAACCAGUAUGUGUGUAUGUGUGUGUGGCGUCAGGACUGACCUCAGAUCAGCUGCUUUAAGUCUAGGCUGCGCGCGUCAGUCUGCGCGUGGUGUCGAGUUGAGUUUCAGUGUUUAGCGGCAGAUUUGGAGUCCGGUGGUUCGGUGUGAUGAUGGUCGUAAUGGGUUCUCGGUUCUGGACUUUAUCUUUGCUCUCCACUGCUCUCUUCAUUCACGUUUCUUUACAGGGAGAACAUCAGAGAAGACUUUAUAAAGAUCUGAUGAGAAACUACAAUCCUCUAGAGCGACCGGUUUACAACGACUCACACUCGCUCACUGUUCACUUCAGCUUCAGUUUAAUGCAGAUCAUGGAUGUGGAUGAGAAGAAUCAGGUUCUGACAACAAACAUCUGGCUUCAACUGUAUUGGAUCGAUCAUUAUCUUCGGUGGAACACGAGCGAUUACCCUGGUGUUACCACGGUAAGAUUCCCGGACUCUCUCAUCUGGAAACCAGACAUCCUGCUUUACAACAGCGCUGAUGAAAGAUUUGAUGCCACUUUCCACACAAAUGUGCUGGUGAACUCAUCUGGACACUGUCAGUAUCUGCCACCAGGUAUCUUUAAGAGCACAUGCUACAUCGAUGUGCGCUGGUUUCCGUUUGAUGUUCAGCGAUGUGAUCUGAAGUUUGGCUCGUGGACGUACGGUGGAUGGUCUCUGGAUCUCCAGAUGAUGGACGCAGAUAUAACUGGAUAUAUUGCUAAUGGAGAAUGGGAUCUGGUUGAGGUUCCAGUCAGAAGGAAUGAGAGGUUUUAUGACUGCUGUAAAGAGCCGUACCCUGAUGUGACUUUUACACUGGUAAUGAGGAGGAGGACGCUGUAUUAUGGUCUGAAUCUUCUGAUUCCUUGUGUUCUCAUCUCAACUCUCGCUCUGCUGGUGUUUCUUCUGCCGGCAGAUUCUGGAGAGAAGAUCUCACUGGGAAUCACAGUAUUGCUGUCUCUUACUGUCUUCAUGCUGUUGGUGGCAGAGAUCAUGCCGGCCACAUCAGAUUCUGUGCCACUGAUUGCACAAUAUUUUGCGACCACUAUGGUGAUUGUUGGUCUGUCAGUUAUUGCUACAGUUCUGGUGUUACAGUAUCAUUAUCAUGAUCCAGAUGGAGGACAGAUGCCGAGAUGGACUCGUGUUAUCCUUCUGAACUGGUGUGCUUGGUUUCUGAGGAUGAAGCGUCCCGGUGAGGAACGAAUCCAUCUCGCCUGUCACGACAAACAGUCUCGGCGUGGCAGCGGGUCCAGCGUCGAGCUUUCGGUGUGCCAGGGGGCGCUACAGUCCACCAGCGGUAAUCUGCUGUAUUUUGGAUUCAGAGGUAUGGAUGGCGUCCACUAUGCUUCAUCGCACGACUCAGGUGUGCUCUGUGGGCGUCUCGUGGGUUCCAGCGAGGAUGUGUUGUUGCCAGGGGCGACGAUACCAUCACUAGGGGGCGGGAGCAGAGUCGUUACGGGUGGGGCUUCGGAAACAGAACUAGCAAAGAUUCUGGAAGAAGUUCGAUACAUCGCCGGGAGAUUUCGCAGUCAGGAUGAAAACGAGAGUUUGUGUAACGAAUGGAAGUUUGCAGCGGCCGUAAUCGACAGAUUGUGUCUGAUGGCCUUCUCGAUUUUUACAAUCCUCUGUACCAUCGGCAUACUCAUGUCAGCACCAAACUUUGUGGAAGCCAUCUCCAAAGAUUUCUUUAACUGAAGUGAAAUUAAGGACUUUUAGGAGGAGUUUUUAUUGAUCAUCUGUUGUGGAUGCUAAUGACCAUUUUGAAGAUUUGAUGUUUUCUGCCAACAUAAAAUCCAGCAACUUUGUUAGUUUUGCAGUAUUUUUAUCAAUUCACUUAGAGACAGAUUAGUUUUGUAUUAAACAAACUGUGUUAUUAUGUUAAAGUUGAUCAGUCUAAAUGAUUUCCAAACUGUGUUCAAUAAAUCAAUUCAAACUUAUUGAUUAUUAGGCUUCUGUUUUUUAAUUGUUGUUUACAUCAUUUUUUAAUCUAAAAUAAUACUCCUUUUAAAGGUGCAGUGUGUAAAUUUUAGAAGGAUCUUUUGACAGCAAUGCAAUAUAAUAUAGCUAACCAUGUUUUCACAAAUGUAUAAAGACAUUACAUAAUGAACUUUAUUGUUUUUAUUACCUUAAAAUUAGCCGUUUUUAUCUACAAGGAAGCCGCCAUUUUGCCCCAUCAUGUUUCUAAAGUAGCUCUAAACGGACAAACUGCUAUACAGAAUGUGUUUCGUCACUAUGUUGUCUCAGAUGAUGACAUGUUUGUCCUGUGAUGGCUACCAUAAGUUCUCUAUGUGCUACCUGUAGAUGCCUCUAAAAUCUACACAAUGCACCUUAAAGAACAACAACAUAACAAAAAAGAUUUAUUCUGAAUAUUGUCAAGGGUGUGAAUAUUGUGUUCAAUAUUUCCCUAAAACUAAAGUUUACAGCACAUAAAUGAACCACAAUGACAUUUAUUUUAGCAUUAAAUUCAGGUUUUGUUGAACUGAUCAAGAUCUGUAAGUUUAAUGACCUAAGCCCCAAUAUUGUUGUGUGUUAUAUCUCAAG